GACUUCGAUCAAACGACGCCGCCGCCGCCGCCGCCUCCUCGUCGUCCUGCCAAACCCCCUUUCUUCCCCAUUACCAUCCCUUCAACUCAUCGAAGUUGAUCGUCGCCCUUUUCUCUUCGUCUCUGCGUCUUGACCACAGCUUGUCGCUUUUUUUCUGGACGACAAGUGACAGUCCAGGGCGACGAAGGAUUCGUGGCAAACGGCACACGCAUCGCCGCCGCCCCCCCGCUCAACACAGCCUUGCCUUUUUCGUCUCCUCACGCAAACACCCGAUUUCUACUUCCUCACAUUCUUUUUCGACUUCUCCCAUCUUAAGCGCGCCUCGACAUGGCGUCGUCUCAUCAUCACCACCCGCCCGGGGGCAACCCCUUUGGCGGCCAGCCUCACCAUUACGAAGAUGGUGGCAGCGAUGCCUCAUUCGCCCCGGGCGAUCGUCGUGACACCUACCAAUCAGAAGGCAGCGUCGCUGAACUGAUUCCGACGCAGAACUACGACGGUGACUCGUAUGAAGGAGGCUACAACGACGUCAAGUACGCACAGAGCGCAGAGUCUGCUGGCGCAGGAGGACCGCCAAGGGGCUUCGGUCCCGGGCCUGGCAGCUAUGCACCUUCUGGCAUGUCGUCUCCUCACACCGACUACCCUGGCACAGCUGGCGGUGGUGGAGGCUACAGGCAACGUGAGCCUUACCCCGCCUGGACUGCAGACCACCAAAUUCCGCUCUCGAAGGAGGAGAUCGAGGACAUCUUCAUCGACCUUGCCAACAAGUUCGGCUUCCAGCGCGACAACAUGCGUAACAUGUACGACCACCUCAUGAUCCUUCUCGACUCGCGAGCAAGCAGGAUGAGCCCAUCACAGGCACUCGUCACGCUGCACGCAGACUACAUCGGCGGAGAGCAUGCCAACUACCGCAAAUGGUACUUUGCAGCCCAGCUCGACCUCGACGACGCCAUUGGCAAGGCACAGAACCCUGGCCUUGGCCGUGCUGCGUCGAUGGCCAACCGCAAGGGCCGUGCCGGUUCCGCAGCACAGAAGCUGCAGGGAGCUGCCCAGAAGUCGCUCGAGUCCGCAGCAUCAAGAUGGAGGGAAGCAAUGAACCGCAUGAACGACUACGACCGUCUGCGUCAGAUCGCGCUCUACCUCCUCUGCUGGGGUGAAGGUGGACAAGUGCGAUUCGUGCCAGAGUGCCUCUGCUUCAUCUUCAAGUGUGCAGACGACUACUACCGCUCUCCCGAGUGUCAGAACCGCAUUGAGCCCGUGCCAGAAGGACUCUACCUUCGCGCCGUCGUCAAGCCGCUGUAUCGAUUCCUGCGAGACCAAGUCUUCGAGGUCGUCGACGGCAAGUUCGUCAAGAAGGAGCGAGAUCACGACCGUAUCAUCGGCUACGACGACGUCAACCAGCUCUUCUGGUACCCCGAGGGCAUUGCUCGCAUCGUGCUCAACGACAAGACGAGGCUGGUCGACGUACCGGCGCAUCAGCGAUUCAUGAAGCUGGACAAGAUUGACUGGAACCGCGUCUUCUUCAAGACGUACAAGGAAAAGCGAUCCUUCCUUCAUCUCCUCGUCAACUUCAAUCGCAUCUGGAUCAUCCACAUCUCUGUCUUCUGGUACUACACGGCAUACAACGCUCCCAAAGUCUACGAGACCAAGAUCAAUCCGUCACUCGCGCAGCUUCUCACUGGAUCAGCGCUUGGUGGAGCCGUCUCAACAUUGCUCAUGAUUGCAGCAACCAUCGCCGAAUUUUCUUACAUCCCGACGACAUGGAACAACACGAGCCAUCUGAUGAGGCGUGGUAUCUUCCUCCUCGUCUGUCUCGCCAUCACGAUCGGUCCUGCCGUCUACGUGCAAGCCUUCAACAAGUCAUCCAACGUCGCCAACUACGUGGCCUACGUGCACAUGGCCCUGUCUGGCUGCAUUACCGCCCUCUUCGGACUUGUGCCCUCUGGCCGCAUGUUCGGUGACCGUGUCGCAGGCAAGGCGCGCAAGUACCUCGCCAACCAGACGUUUACGGCCUCGUACGCACCCUUGAAGGGCAGUCACCGAGCCGUGUCGAUUCUGCUCUGGGUCCUCAUCUUCGGAUGCAAGCUCACGGAGUCGUACUUCUUCUUGACGCUGUCCUUCCGUGACCCUCUCGCCGUCAUGAUCACUAUGCGAGUCCAGGGAUGCGGCGACAAGUACUUUGGCACUCAGCUCUGCUCGUACCAGCCCGCCUUUGCGCUUACGGCGAUGAUGAUCAUGGACCUCUGCCUGUUCUUCCUCGACACCUUCCUGUGGUACGUCAUCUGGAACACCGUCUUCUCCAUCGGCUGGGCCUUUUCUAUGGGUCUCUCGAUCUGGACGCCUUGGAGUGACAUCUUCCAGCGUCUGCCCAAGCGCAUCUACGCCAAGCUCCUGGCCACGGCCGAUAUGGAGGUCAAGUACAAGCCAAAGGUCUUGGUAUCGCAGGUCUGGAACGCCGUCAUCAUCUCGAUGUACCGAGAACACCUCCUGUCGAUUGAUCACGUCCAGAAGCUCCUCUACCACCAGGUCCCUGCGACCGAUGGCGGCAAGCGCACAUUGCGAGCUCCUACCUUCUUCAUCAGCCAGACGGAUAAGGGCAUCAAGCCCGAGUUUUUCCCCAAGGGCUCCGAGGCCGAGCGUCGCAUUUCCUUCUUCGCCCAAUCGCUCACCACCGCGCUGCCUGAGCCUCUGCCCAUCGACGCCAUGCCGACUUUCACCGUUCUCACGCCUCACUACUCGGAAAAGAUCUUGCUGUCGCUCCGUGAGAUUAUUCGCGAGGAGGACCAGAACACGCGUGUCACUCUUCUCGAGUACCUCAAGCAGCUGCAUCCCAUUGAGUGGGACAACUUCGUCAAGGACACGAAGAUCCUCGCCGAGGAGUCCUCUGGCCUGGGCAGCUCUCCCUUCGGCGGUGACAAUGGCUCUGACGAAAAGGCUGGCUCCAAGGGCACUGCCAAGACGGACGAUCUGCCCUUCUACUGCAUUGGUUUCAAGUCGGCUGCCCCAGAGUACACGCUCCGUACCCGUAUCUGGUCCUCGCUCCGCGCGCAGACACUCUACCGCACCGUCUCUGGUUUCAUGAACUACGCCAAGGCCAUCAAGCUUCUCUACCGUGUCGAAAACCCUGAGGUCGUUCAGCUCUUCGGCGGCAACACCGAGAAGCUCGAGCGUGAGCUCGAGAGGAUGAGUCGCCGCAAGUUCAAGUUCGUCAUCUCGAUGCAGCGCUACUCCAAGUUCAACAAGGAGGAGCACGAGAACACCGAGUUCCUGCUGCGUGCCUACCCUGACCUCCAAAUUGCGUACCUCGACGAGGAGGCUCCUCGCAAGGAAGGUGGCGAGUCUCGUUGGUUCUCUGCCCUGGUCGAUGGUCACUCUGAGAUUCUCCCCAACGGCAAGCGUAGGCCCAAGUUCCGUGUCGAGCUGCCCGGUAACCCCAUUCUCGGAGAUGGCAAGUCGGACAACCAGAAUCACGCCAUCAUCUUCCAUCGCGGCGAGUAUCUCCAGCUCAUCGACGCCAACCAGGACAACUACCUUGAAGAGUGCCUCAAGAUCCGCUCGAUCCUGGGCGAAUUCGAGAACUUCAACGUCUCUAACCAGAACCCCUACGGCGGAGGCCACACCGAGUUCGCCAAGGCGCCCGUCGCCAUUGUCGGAUCUCGCGAGUACAUCUUCUCAGAGAACAUCGGUAUCCUCGGUGACAAUGCCGCCGGCAAGGAGCAAACGUUCGGUACCAUGGCUGGUCGUGGUCUCGCGCAGAUUGGCGGCAAGCUGCACUACGGUCACCCUGACUUCCUCAACGCUCUCUACAUGACGACUCGUGGUGGUGUGUCCAAGGCCCAGAAGGGUCUGCAUCUCAACGAGGACAUCUACGCCGGUAUGACUGCCUUUGGCCGUGGUGGACGUAUCAAGCACUGCGAGUACUACCAAUGUGGUAAGGGACGUGAUCUGGGUUUCGGUACCAUCUUGAACUUCACGACGAAGCUCGGAAAUGGUAUGGGAGAGCAGAUGCUGUCACGCGAGUACUACUACCUGGGCACGCAGCUCCCCAUCGACCGCUUCUUGACCUUCUACUACGGACACCCGGGCUUCCACAUCAACAACAUCCUUGUCAUCAUGUCGGUGCAGUUGUUCAUGCUUGCCAUGCUCUUCCUCGGCACGCUCAACUCCGAGCUGCGCGUGUGCAAGAGCACCAACAGCCAGUACAUCGUCGGUGUUGGCGGCUGCUACUACCUGAACCCGGUCUUCCUCUGGAUCAAGCGUACCAUCAUCUCGAUCUUCCUCGUUUUCAUGAUUGCCUUCCUACCCCUCUUCUUGCAAGAGCUUUCGGAGCGAGGAGCCCUCUCUGCAGUCAUCCGACUCUCCAAGCACUUCCUGUCGCUCUCGCCCGUCUUCGAGGUCUUCUCGACUAUGAUCUACUCGCACUCCAUCAUCUCCAACUUGACCUUCGGUGGAGCUCGCUACAUCGCCACGGGACGUGGUUUCGCCACGACUCGCCAGAGCUUUGCGCUCCUCUACUCGCGCUUUGCUGGACCGUCCAUCUACGCGGGCAUGCGCUUGCUCCUCGUCCUCCUCUACGUGACCUUGACGCUCUGGGUGCCUCACCUCAUCUACUUCUGGAUCUCCAUUCUCGCCCUCUGCAUUGCGCCCUUCCUCUUCAACCCGCACCAGUUCUCCGUCUCCGACUUCUUCAUCGACUACCGCGAGUUCUUGCGCUGGAUGUCGAGGGGCAACUCGCGAUCGCACGCCAACUCGUGGAUCGGCUACUGCCGUUUGUCGAGGACCAAGGUUACGGGCUACAAGAAGAAGCGCUUGGGUCACCCCUCGGAGAAGCUCGCCGGCGACGUCCCUCGUGCUGGCUGGAGGACGAUCCUCUUCGCCGAGGUCCUCGGCCCCUUCAUCCAGGCCGUCAUCUUCGUUGUCGCCUACGCCUUUGUCAAGUCGCUCCACGAGGCUGGAGACCCGCCCAUGGGAGCCAUCAGCCGUAUCGCGAUCAUCGCCUUGGGCCCCAUCGUCUGGAACAUGGCUAUCCUCAUCGUCGUCUUCAUCACGUCGAUCUUCCUCGGUCCAGCUCUCAACCGCUGCUGCUCCAAGUUCGGUUCGGUCAUGGCCGCGAUUGCCCAUCUUCUCUCCGUCGUCGGCAUGGUCGUUGCCUUUGAGUUCCUGUGGUUCCUCGAGCUCUGGAAGACGUCGCACGCCGUGCUCGGCAUCAUCGCCGUCAUUGCCAUUCAGCGCGCCAUCUUCAAGAUCCUCAUUGCCCUCGUCCUCUCUCGUGAGCUCAAGCAUGACGAGGCCAACAAGGCCUUCUGGACGGGCAAGGUCUGGCGCAUGGGCAGCGGUGGCCACGCCUUCACUCAGCCGGCACGAGAGUUCAUGGUCAAGACCAUUGAGAUGUCUCUCUUUGCGGCCGACUUUGUCACCUGCCACAUCCUCCUCUUUGGUCUGUCAAUCCCCUUGCUCAUCCCGUACUUCGACAAGCUCCACUCGACGGCCCUCUUCUGGCUUCGACCAUCGAGGCAGAUCCACGCGCCCAUCUUCUCGCUGCGCGCCAGGCGACAGAGGAGGAGCAUCGUUGCACGCUACGCCACCCUGUUCUUGUUCAGCUUUGCCGUCUUUGCGGCGUUGAUCGUGCUGCCGAUCAUUUUCAGCGACACCAUCGACCUGCACUGCUCCAUCUGCAAGAACUUGUAGACGGUUAGCCGACGGCGGCAGCAGCAUCAAUGACUGCAGGGCUCAGCCUGGUGCAAUAGCCUUCGCGACGACAUCCAGCGUGGACGCAAGCAAGCCUCGCCCACGACGAAUCAACGACAGAAACGGGGUGGCGGCAGCAACGAUCCACGCCGUACCCCCUAGCUAUCCUGUCUCAUAGAGCAUCCCUUCCUUCCCUCGCACCAUCAAUCCCCCUUCUUGUCCAUGUGCAUAUCUACCAUCAUUUGCGCGGGGCGGCGCGCCAUCAUCUCCAAGCUACCAUCCUUCCUCUCGUAGUAACGCUCCUUGCUGCUUCGACGCUCCCAUUCCCCACCUCUGAACGAACAACCCCUACUCCCAUCUCAUCUCUCUCAAGACGCAGAACUUGGCGGCGAAUGUCUUUUGUCUCGCUCUCUCUACACGAUCGUUUUGACUCUCUUCAAUGGACGCUUGAAUGCUCGU